AUGGUAUCGUCUCUCUCCUUUCAUUCAAUCACCACCGUCAACCCCAGCUACUCCGGCGAUUAUGGCCGUUCAUUUUCUCGGCGUUGUCGCCGAUUCGAACAAACUGGAGUGAGUUGCAGAGGAGGACAGAAUUCUACUAACGAGCCACAGACGAGUAAAGGAGGAGCUGAGCCGGAGAAUGUUCUACUCAAAAUCGCUUGGUACGGAUCCGAGCUACUCGGAAUCGCUGCUUCCGCUUUCCGAUCACCGGCGUCUCCUCCUCCUCCGAGUGUGACAGGGUUUGAGGUUCCGGUUGAUUGUUCGGGACGAGCCGUUCGUGUAGCUGUCGUCGACUCGAUCAAACAAGACUUUAAGCGAUCGUAUUUCGUCACAGGGAACUUGACGCCGGAGGUUUAUGAGGAGAAGUGUGAAUUCGCGGAUCCUGCUGGUUCUUUCAAGGGUCUUGCUCGUUUCAAAAGGAACUGUACUAAUUUCGGAUCCCUGAUCGAGAAAUCGAAUAUGAAGCUCAUGAAGUGGGAGAAUUUCGAGGAUAAAGGAGUCGGACACUGGAAAUUUAGCUGUGUCAUGUCGUUUCCAUGGAAACCCAUUCUUUCAGCAACUGGUUACACGGAGUAUUAUUUCGACACUGAUUCCGGGAAAAUUUGCAGACACGUGGAGCAUUGGAAUGUUCCUAAGAUUGCUCUGUUUAAGCAACUUCUGAGACCCAGCCGUGGAGAUUAA